AUCAACCCAGCGCUCUCAGCUGGACACGUCAGCGUCCCGCGGAGUUAAUUGACCGGAGCAGUACCACCCAACAAGCCAUUCCUAAUAUAAGUGCGUCGGUUGAGCCGCUCGGUUAUACAUAUAAUCUGAGAGAGGGAGAGAGAGACAGAGGGAGGGAGGGCUACAGGGAGAGAGAAAGUGAGGAUCCCAUGACGCCCACAGCUCCACAGUGACAUCACCGGGUCUAAAAAGUAGCGCAGGAGGGAGAUGGGAGGCACCCCACUCAUUAGAUUUCGUCGUAAGGUCCUGUUCAGUAGUGAAGAUGCUGCUGCGCCUCUGUGAGGAAGCCUGUGAUGUGCGCCAGCGGAGCGACUGUACCUUGGCAUCCCGGUGAACUUCUGAGGAGACAGAAGGAGCGAGAAACAGCUCCAGAGACUCACAGACUGAACCUGCUCUGCGGGGAUCGUUUCACCACUGAAGAAACUACGCGGCUACGCACUUUUACUUCAUAUCUGCCUUCAUGCGCAGAGCUGGGGAGCUUGAGGUUAACUUUGUUUGAUUGGAAACGCUGCCAUCAGUCAGGCUGUCCUUCACGGGGAAGCAUUAGUAUCUUUUUAUCUGUAAAUCACUGUAAAUAUCUCAUUGUAACUUUAUUUCACUUUAUCUAAACCAUUCUGUGCUCGCUGUUCAGAUGAGACUGUCAGUCAUACGCGCGUCUCCAAACGAGGACGCACCGAGAACGCACAAGGGUCGAGAUUAUUUGCUCGCCUCUGAGCUCUUAAACACAAUGUCGCUUCGCUGCAAAUGACACCAAAUUAUAUUAUCAUAAAUUAAAUAUCCCCGCCUUCAAAGCAGUAUCCACUGAGGGAAAAAAGGACCAAACUCCGUGCGCUAAGGAAGUUUUAAGUUUUUCGGGCUGUAAUGUAAAUCCGCAGAGGCUGGUGCACAGCAGUCAGCGUCACGAAAAUUUACUCGUGUUCUGUUUCGGAAAGAAAUCUUCUCUACAAAGUGGCAAAUAUUCUUAAUUGAAAGGCAGUGAUCCGUGUCUUGACGCAUUGCCCAGGACUGUUUUGUAUGCUUAAAAUGGACUUGGAAGAGCUGCCGUGGAGGAUGCAAGGGAGCUAUCGUUUGGAAACAACACAGGGACAAAGCCAGAGCGUCUGAGAGUCCUGGAAAGCUAAUCCCAGUAUGGCCUCGGUUCUGGAGAACGGCUGCUCCAUGGAGCUGAACGGCUGGAACAGCAGUGUGAGCAGCGCCGGAGCCUCGGUGCCCUGUAACCAGAGCAUCCUGAAGCUCGCCCCUUACUCCCCUGAAGCCACGGCGGCCUUCGCCACCGCCAUAACCUUGAUGGUCCUCUUCACCAUCGUGGGCAACAUCAUGGUCAUCAUCGCUGUCCUGACCAGCCGCUCCCUCCGAGGACCACAGAAUCUCUUCUUAGUGUCACUGGCUGCUGCAGACAUUUUAGUGGCCACACUCAUCAUCCCCUUCUCUCUGGCCAAUGAACUGCUCGGCUACUGGUUCUUUAAAUCUCUGUGGUGUGAGAUCUACCUGGCGCUGGAUGUGUUGUUCUGCACCUCCUCAAUUGUGCACCUGUGCGCCAUCUCACUGGACCGCUACCUGUCCAUUUCCAGGGUGACCUACGGGCGUCAGCGGACUCCCCAACGCAUCAAAGCCGCUAUUGUGGUGGUGUGGCUCAUCUCUGCCAUCAUCUCCUUCCCUCCUCUGCUCUCACUCAACAAAAGCGAGGGAGGCAAUGCGGGGACUGACAGAGGACCUCAGUGCCAGCUGAAUGAUGAGCGCUGGUACAUCCUUUACUCCACCAUCGGCUCAUUCUUUGCCCCCUGCCUCAUCAUGAUCCUGGUCUACAUCAGAAUCUACCAAAUUGCCAAACAAAGAACACGAUGCCCACCAGGAGAGCCCAGGAAGGAUGGGGUCGGCUGUGCUACACCCAGUCAGCCUCCACGACAUGUGCAAGCCAACGGGAGGGAUGAUGAAGAAAGCACACCCCCUUCAUCAACCAAAGCCUCCAAUACCAGACCCCCCACCCUCGCCAUCACUCCCUCUCCCACCCUGGGAGACACUCAAACCACCCAGAACACCACCACCAAUAAUCUCCUGCAACCUCCAUCUCCUUCUCUAGCCAUGACCCCUGUCACAGCCUCCCUUGAUACCUCCCCUCAUGGCCCCACAACUCCCCCCUCUGUGCCUCAGUCUGCCCCUGCCAAGACUAAAGAGAAGGGGAAGAAAGGCAAGCGGCAGGGAGGGAAAAAGGCUGAUAAUAACAAUGGUGACAGCUCGAGCACAGAGAGUGACAUGGAGCACAGCCAUGGAGGAGGCCGAGGCAGCACCAGCAUGCCCGGGUCACCUGCAGGGGUCCACUCCCCGGCCUCGGUCAAGCGCUACCGGGACAUGAUCGCGACCUCAAAGGGGGCUCGGCUGGUGCCAGGGAGGAAGUCGAAACCAGAGAGCACCCCUGGAGCAGCCAGGCGCAAAGCGAUGGUCAACAGAGAGAAGCGCUUCACCUUCGUCCUGGCGGUGGUCAUCGGUGUCUUUGUGGUGUGCUGGUUCCCCUUCUUCUUCUCCUACUCUCUGCAGGCAGUGUGCCCGGAGACAUGCGCCAUCCCUGACCCUCUCUUUAAGUUUUUCUUCUGGAUCGGUUACUGCAACUCCUCACUCAACCCAGUCAUAUACACCAUCUUCAACAAAGACUUCAGAAAGGCCUUCAAAAAGAUACUGUGCAGAGGCACCAAGGGUACUUUCUUCUAGCAUACAAACCCACUGUACAGGACAAGGACAUUUAAAGAAAUGCAAUCAUUUCCAUUUGUCAUAACACUCAAAGGGCUGUUUUAAAAAUAUGUUGAACUGUGGAAAUUCCAGCAUAACAUUCAGAACUGAGAGCCACUCUUUUACAGCCACAGUGUGCGCAAACAUGAAACUUGGACUGUGAAAUCUAGUGUGCAGCAGAAACACAUUUUUACAGGGUGUGGGAUGAAAACAGGACAUGGAUCAGAGACAGCACCAGGCACUUCACUGCUUAGCGCUCCAGUAUAGCAGAUAAGAUUUUGAUUGCAAAGUUUUAUCCGCAGAUCACAUUGAAUAAUGGAUAAUGCUGGGAUACAGAGGGGUGCAGAACCAUGGAAGAAAUGUACACAUAAAACUUAAGGUCUUGAGGAAAGCUGGAAAACAGUUGAGAACGAAUUCCUGGCUAAAAAUACAGACAGUUUAAUGUAUUAUAUAUGAGGUUUUGUAGUUAUUUAAGACUCCAGGACUAAUGGGGAAAGAAAACAAGUAUAAAGAAGAAAAAGUGACCUUAGAUUUCUACGAGCCUAGGGCCAUUUAUUUAUCAAUACAGAGCACAAGGAGCACACAAGGUUAGUGGUGAUUUCUUACGUCUGCAGUCUUAAUUCACCUGGCUGCAGGGCAAACAUGUGUUCCCAGAUUUUUAUCUAAAAGAGCAACAACAAGAAAAGGGUUUCUGAUGAUCUCUAAUGCGACGGCACAGACAAGGGCGCCCUUUCAAACUGAACUUGUGGGCUUUCAUGAGGAAAGUCUGCACGUCAGACACCUUGCUCCUGGCUUGGUGUGGGUCAUAAUGGACUCUCAGAUUGUUUGUAAUGACACUCUCGGCUUUUAUCUUUCAUGAAGUACAGAAAUAGCCGGAGUGUAGGGGAUUUUGGACUUGAGUGAAAACCACAUGUGUGAUAUGAAGAUGUGAAAGUAAGACAGUGUGACCUCCCUCCUCAUCCUCUUAGCUUGUUGUUUCUUGCUUUUUAACUUAACCUGGAUGAUCAAAUCACCGGACUGGACUGAGCCAUCCUUCUGAUUAACUCAAUAUUUGGACAUUUAAGAAACAAUAACACCAGUUUUUAGCUGCUUCAGAUGUUAUUCUGAGUAUCUAACGGGAGGUGCAUCAGCUGAAGACUGACAAAGAAAAAAAAAAAAUCCUGUAUUCAACAUUGUUUUCCAGACACCUGAUUAAGCAGGUAGACAUUUACAUUGACUGUAAAGGACAGAUGAACAAUGCAAUUAUGGAUGUGUAAUGUUACCCCUAAUUACGCCUACAUGGGUUAUUCUGAGAGCCAUUUGGCUGAGUCACUCUUUCCCUCUGGCACAUCAUCGCCUGCAGUGGACUUCUACAUGGCACAUUUGGUUUAUAGCUGAGAGGCGAGAGGAUGAAUGGUACAUUUAUUUUUCUCACCAUGAGACUGAGGCUCUGUCAGCUUCCUCGACAAAAAAAAAGAAAAGAAAAUGUGUCUGUGACUGUGAACAGCACACAGGCUUAUUGACUCAAUGGGACAAGGGCUGUCAGCAGCAACUCUUCAAUUUACUAAUUGUCUAAUACUGCUGACCUGUAUGAGUGUGUGUGUGUGUGUGUGUGUGUGUGUGUGUGUGUGUGUGUGUGUGCAUGUGCGUGUGCGUGUGUGUGCGUGUGCAUGUGUGUGUGUGUGUGUGUGUGUGUUGACUUGUUUUUCUGUAGAGAGUGUCAGUGCCUCCUCUGGCUGCUAUGUACUACAGAUCUACUGUAAUAUUGAUAAGAACAGAGACCAGAUUUCCUGGUGCAGGCAUCGCUUUGUGAAUGUUUUUACUUGAUGGACAGAUCAGUGGUAUAUCGCUACAUUGAGAAAGUCUUACUGAACUUAAAGUCAGUGUUUAUCAGUGAUACUGAGUACAUGGCUUUUUAGUGAUCACCAUGGAAGGAUUACUGAAUGGGGCCUACUGUGCACAGAGCUAGGCGCCAAAAGUGUGCACCUGGGCCUUCACCUGCUAAAUGUUGCUCACAUUAAAAAGUACAGAGCAGGAACAGACUCAAAAUUACCACAAAGAGAUGCAAAGUAGAAGCAAAGAGACUCUAAAAUAACUUCAAAAACAGCCAAAACAACCAUGAAGAGACACAAAACAACCUCAAGAAGACACAAAUGACUGUCAAGACACAGAUCAUGACCACAAAGAGACAAAAAAUGACAACAAAGAGACACAAAUGACUAUCAGGACACAGAAACUGACCAAAAACGACAUAAAAUGACCACAAAGAGAAACAACAAGACCACAAGAAAACACAAAAUGACUACAAAGAGACAUAAAACGACCAACAGGGACAAAAAAUGACCACAGAGAAACACAAAGUGACCACAAAGAGGCACAAAAUGACCAAAAGAGACAAAAAUGACCACAAAGAGACACAAAACUACCACAAGAAGACACAAAA